UGCCGUGGCCUACUCAUUGGGCCCUCUAUCCAUGCCCUAGUCCCUAGUCCUAGUGUCCUAGUCCGUCAGUUGGUGGUGACACCUCCGUGCCGACGACUGGCACGUGCCUCGAUCCGACGGCAGAUCACGGAUUCACGGAUUCUCGGAUUCUCGUCCAGGAUUGCCUGGCUCAGUGAGUGAGUGAGUGAUUGGAGCCACGGCUUGAUUGGACUUUCAUGAUGUUGAACCCGGAAGCCCGCCCACCCGCAUGGGCUCCGAGUGAUCCAGGACGAGGACUCGGGGCGGGCCGAUCUAGCGUGGGCCGAAGAACCCGGCGCAGAGGCCGAGGCCGAGAAGAUGGCGUCGGAGACGGCCAACCGGGUCGCGGUCGUGGUCGCGGCGGUGGGGGCCGUGGGCGUGGCGGUCGAGGGAGUGGCUUCCGAGGCCCAGAUUCAGGCCUGACAGAGACAAUGGACCCGAAUCCUCUCUUCCAUGGUCCCCCGCCGGCCCUGAUGUCGCAGCCGCCCCCGUCCGGCCCGCCGAGCGCUCGCGCUCGCCGUGGACCACCACCCCCGACCCAAUACCCCCCUGUAACCGAAUGGGAGGCACGCCCCGCCCCACGAUCCACCCGACCUCACCCCCAUCGGCGGGGUCAACCACGUGGCCGUGGCGGUGGUCGGGGCGGUGGUCGGGGCGGCCGGGAUAGCCGGAAUAGCGAGACUGAUCCGGCGGAUAUGAACUUGCGUGAGUUGCUGAUUCAGCAACUGACGCGGGGUUCGUUGGAGUGCAUGAUUUGCUUUGAAAUGAUCCGUCCGUCACACGCCACAUGGGACUGUCAACCCGUGAGGGCGGUACGGGGGGUGGGGGACCUUUCAUCCAGUAGUCAAACGGGUUGCUCACGGGUGUUCCAUAUUCAUUGUAUCCGGAAAUGGUCCCAAACCGCGCAAACGGAGGAUGGCGGUUGGCGGUGUCCGUUUUGCCAAGGCGUGUCGCACGCCAAACCCAGCGCCUACCUGUGCUUCUGUCGGAAGGUGCGCGAUCCGGUCUGGGAUCGCCGGGAAAUCCCGCAUUCCUGCGGCGAGGUGUGCGGCAAGAGCUUGGACCUGGUCAGCGGUCAGCGCGAUUGCCCGCACGCCUGCACAGAAUUGUGCCAUCCUGGUCCUUGUCCGCCUUGUCAGGCCAAUGUGCGAAGAUCAUGUCCGUGUGGGAAAACCUCGCAAACGGGCCGUUGUGGCUUGAAGAUCUCGUGUAACGACACGUGUGACCGCUUAUUGAAUUGCAGCUCCCACCGAUGCUCAUUGCCUUGUCACGACGGAGAGUGUCCGGAUUGUGACCAAGUGGUCCACCAAGAAUGCCAUUGCUCCAAGGCUCAACGGAGCCUUCCCUGCACGAAAGAAACGGUCCACUCCGUCCGAUAUGCCUGUGAGGCGACUUGUGAUAAACCUCUCUCCUGUGGUAACCACACCUGCCAGGCUCAGUGUCAUCCCGGAUCGUGCCAAGCCUGUCAAAGCACUCCGGCCUUGAUUUCCCGUUGUCCUUGCGGACAAACCAAUCUGGACAAGAUCUAUGAACGCGACGGCGUGGCUCCGCGGAAAUCCUGCGUGGAUCCUAUUCCCACGUGUGGUUUGGUGUGCCAAAAGCAGUUGGAUUGUGGUCACAGCUGUGAGGCCAAUUGCCACAAUGGGAAGUGUCCCACGUGUCCCUUGGUCACGGAUGUGCGUUGUCGUUGCGGUUUCAUGGACAAGGAAAUGCCCUGCGCUCAAUUGACCACUCGGCGGGAUGAUGCACGUUGUGAUAAACGGUGUAAUAAGAAGCGGGAUUGCGGUCGACACAAGUGCAACCAGCCCUGUUGCAUUGAUAUCGACCAUCGCUGUCCUCUGAUUUGUGGCAAACUCUUGGGUUGCGCCACUCACAGAUGCGCGGACCCUUGUCACAAGAACAACUGUUUCUCGUGUCCAAAUGUCUCAUUUGACGAGUUGCACUGCCAUUGUGGCGCCGAAGUGAUCUAUCCUCCCAUUCAAUGUGGGACCAAGCCUCCCGUUUGCAAUCGAAUUUGCUCCAGAAAUCACGAGUGUUCCCAUGCCGUCCUCCAUUCCUGUCACAGUGACCCCACGUGUCCCCCUUGCGUCACUCUAACCAAUAAAUGGUGCUUCGGCAAGCAUGAGAUGAGAAAAAAUGUCAUGUGCUAUUUGGAAGGGAUCUCCUGUGGGCGCCCUUGCGGAAGUCCCCAAGCGUGCGGGCGACACCUCUGUGACCGCGUGUGUCACCAAGGAGAUUGCACCGCUUCAGGCCGGACAUGUGUUCAGCCUUGCUUAGAGAAACGCGAAACCUGCGGGCACCCAUGCAACGCCCCAUGUCACGAGGGACCCUGUCCCAAUACCGGGUGCAAGGAGAUGAUCAAGGUCUCGUGCGAGUGUGGCCAUCGGUUUGCCACCCGAAUCUGUUCGGAUCAGACAUCGGAUUAUAAACGCAUGCAGAUGGCUGCGUUGAUGUCCCAAAUGGGCGGGCUCCAGUCCUCGUGUUCCUCCGUCGACCUAUCACUGCUGACGGGCAAGGCCAACAAAAUGCGGACCUUGGAGUGCAACGAGGCUUGCAGCCAAUUGGAACGGAACAAACGGCUAGCCUUGGCCUUACAGCUCGAGAAUCCUGAGCGCGAGAGCAAGCUGAGUGCCCCCCGAUACUCGGAGUUCUUGAAGAACUUUGCCAAGAAGGACCCCGCCUUGGCCCAACACGUUCAUGAGCGACUGAGUGAGUUGGUCAAGUUGGCCAAGGAGUCGAAGCACAAGUCGCGAUCCCACUCGUUCGAGUGCAUGAACCGCGAGAAGCGUCAAUUUGUUCACGAAUAUUGCGAGCACUUUGGCGUGACCUCGGAAAGCUUCGAUGCCGAACCCAAACGAAAUGUGGUGGCCACGGCCGUGAGGGAUCAAAUCUGGAUCCCGAGCCAAUCCCUAUUGGAUGUGGCCUUGAAGCAAAGAAGAGCGCCAGGGCCUGUCUUAGUUGGACCAUCGGCAAGCGCCAAAGGCGCUCCGCCCACGCCCUUGACGGCAAAUGGAUGCCGAGAGUGGAUGUUGAGAGGUGGACGUGGGUGGUUCCGCCAUUCAACUUGGACCAAUGAUAGAGACACAGUAAUAAUGGACGGUUGAUGACAAAUUUUUGAACGGUUUUCUCCGUCCAAUUUGGGCGAGAAAAAAAAGACUCCGAGCAACCCACGUACUUUUAUUUUGGACAGUUUUUACAGCAGAAAAAAACGGUUGGAAGGACCGUUUGUGGCCACUUCUUUUCACACUUGU